GGGUCUUCGACGUUAUCUUUUGGGUGUUACAAACUUCGUGGCAAGCUUAAUAUACCUUGUUUAGGGUAUAAAGAUGCACAAAAUUUAAGGAAACAGAGUUCUCACUGGGUGACUUUAAUUUCGUGCUCACCUACACAGUCGCAAUUCCGCUCGUGCCGACAACUGCUUUAUAUUAUAUAGACAACUUAAAAAGGUGAUCGAAGGAUCGAACUGAACCCUUAAAUACAAUAAUUAUGAAUAUCGUUAGCAAUGCACUGACGCUGAGGUUUUCUUCAUUAUCGGCUAAUUUAUUUUGACUACUUUACAAAAAAACAGUACGAAUGAGUUAAGUGGCCAACGGAGAGCCAGCAAAAUAAACAGUGUUAUUAAGUAAAUAACACCAAAGCCAAAUACCACGAAUCAAGUUUUUCCAGAUUUUCAAAAUAAAACUUAUGAGGAAUCUUUGGAUAACAUUGGGCAUUCUCAUCAAACUAAUAAGUAUUGUUGUUGCUGAUGAUUUCAUUGCGAUGGGCUAUCCAGAGGCUUUGGCCUUCGAAGAGACCACAGCCCCAAUACCAAUAAAGCAAAUCAAGCACAUAUUAAGGGCAAUUAUAGGGAAGUCCGCAUCAGCUGGCGCAGAAUUUUAUGCACUAAAAAUAAACAACAUUUUCAAAAUGCCAAAGUUGGCACUAGUGGUGACAGUGAAACUUAAUAGCACAGCAGACUACUCAGUGCUGGGCACUAUGGUGAAAUACUCCGUUGAGGGUCGUGUUCCGGGUACAACACUGCGAAAUAUAUUAAAUUUUGAGAAGUCUUCAACAAAUCUUGAAUUUUAUAAAACAUCCAAGAACCCUGAAUAUGAAUAUUUGAAGAAAAUGCUGACUGCAGACAGAGCUCCCGGAAUGGCAGAGAUGGUGCCCGACCUGCAAAAACUUUUGAGCACAGAUGUUAUUGAGAAGCUAGGAGUCGACAUUAAAGCGAAGAAUUUUGUAGGCCUACACUUCUGGAACCAAAAAAUUGCUUUAGACUUUUCCAAGCUGAGCGAUGUGUUUACAAAACUAAAAGAUUUGUGGAAGGAAAACUUCUUUUGCAUUUUGACUUACGGUCCAGACUUGGAGACGUUGGAAACGGCUGGUCAGAAUGUUAGCACUAUAACAACAGUUGAUCCAAUGGAUCAUAAACAUUACAACAUUUCACCACGCUACGACGAAAAUUAUGCAAUAGUAUUCAAUAUUAUACUUUGGUUCAUGGUUGCGUUCAGUUUCGCUUUAUAUGCAACUAUUUUGGCUUUAAUGCAUAUGGAUCCCGGAAGGAACUCGAUAAUCUAUCGAAUGACCGCAACGCGUUCAAAGAAAGAUUUAUAAGUAUAACAAUAAUAAAAAUUAUGUUCAAUAAAUAAAUAUUACUUUUUACAUAA